ACUGUGGCAACUCCAACCAAACAAAACAGAUCUUUUGUGUGUCGGGCGCGUCGUGUUCAAAUUUGUUUAAAACUUUUGCAUACAAUUUGCAAUUUUAUAUUAAACACAUCCCAUAUUUUACAGCAUAAUUUGUGAUUUCAAACUAAAGAACCAUGUCGUUGGUCGCCCAAAAGCGUCCAUCGGACGCUCUUGUCCCUGUUUCCCAGAAUAAGAAAUCCAGAUCGGAUCUAAUGACUUAUACGGCAAAGGAUAAACAGUUGAUGGAACAAAACCAGGAUGUUGAAAGAACUUCCAAUUUACUUGCACCAAUUAUGCUGCUGGAAGGCCACGGGGGGGAAAUAUUCUCCACCGAAUUUCAUCCCGAAGGACAACACCUAGUGUCGACGGGAUUCGACCGACAAAUCUUCCUCUGGAACGUUUACGGUGAAUGCGAGAAUGUCGGAAUGAUGUCGGGCCAUACCGGAUCCGUGAUGGAGGUACACUUUUCGCCAGAUGGAAGCAAUUUGUAUAGCUGCAGUACGGACAAGAUAGUAGCGGUUUGGGACGUGCCCACUUGUACCAGGAUUCGGAAACUGAAGGGGCAUUCCCACUUUGUGAAUAGUUGCAGCGGUGCACGUCGUGGCCCAAACCUGAUUGUGUCCGGAGCGGAUGAUUCCACCAUCAAAGUCUGGGAUGCAAGGAAGAAACACGUGCUGCACACUUUCGAUAAUGGCUACCAGGUCACGGCAGUUUGCUUCAGCGAUACAUCCGAGCAAAUUAUUUCCGGGGGCAUUGACAACGAAAUCAAAGUUUGGGACAUUAGGAAGAAGGAAGUCAUCUAUCGUUUAAGAGGACAUACGGACACCAUUACGGGCUUGUCACUGUCCCCGGAUGGUUCUUACAUACUGAGCAACUCCAUGGACAAUACGCUUCGCAUUUGGGACGUCAGGCCAUAUGCACCACCCGAGAGGUGUGUUAAGGUCCUUAAUGGCCACCAGCAUAACUUUGAGAAAAAUCUACUCAGAUGCGCGUGGUCUCCGGAUGGAUCAAGGAUUAGCAGUGGCUCUGCAGAUCGAUUUGUUUACAUAUGGGAUACAACAUCCAGACGAAUUCUCUACAAGCUGCCGGGACACAACGGAUCCGUAAACGACGUUGAUUUUCAUCCAAAUGAACCCGUCGUCGUUUCCGCAUCAAGUGAUAAAACUUUGUAUUUGGGAGAAGUCGAAUACUAAUUGACUACAGACUGAUAAAUAACAUUGAUGCAUUUUAGAAAAUGUUUCAUUGCUAGAAAAUCAGUAAUUGCGAAUAAAACCUCUUAUAUGUUUACACUUAAAAACUUAAUUAAA